AUGACCUCCAAGCGUUUUCUCCCUCCGCCUCCAAAGUUCCCUGCUCAGCUUGCUCCUCCACCUGUCAACACCUCCACCAAACCACCUGCACCCUCCUUUGCUCCCGAGGCUACCUAUGAUUCAGCUUCCGAAUCGGAAUGCAUUCGGUGCAGAGACUACACCGAGAUUGAUGCUCACGCCUCUGCUUUUCCUCGCCACACCGUCGCAUCCAUCCACCAACUCUCCUGGGAUCUCACGUCACCUUUCUCUGCCCUCAUCGAUAAAGCUCGCGCGAUCACUUUCUGGCUGCAUCUCAAUAUCACCUACGACGCGCACGCGUUUCUGACGAGAAACGUCAAGCCCUCGACGCCAGAGUCGACUCUCAGCACAGGCAUGGCUGUCUGCGAGGGGUACGCAGGCUUGUUUGCCGCUUUGGCUCUAGCGGCGGGGAUAGAGUGUAUCGUGAUCAAUGGGCACGGGAAAGGAUUUGGAUACGAUCCUCCUCCGUUAGGACAGCCUUUGCCGGCGUACCAUUCGGUCCACGCGUGGAACGCGAUCAGGUUGGAGUCGGGAGAGUGGAAGCUGGUCGAUUCGUGCUGGGCGGGCGGGGCGCUCGAUCCGAGCGGCGUGUUUAAUCGACGAUUCGACGCGUUUCAUUUCGUGGCGACGAAUGAAGAGUUUGGGAGGAAACAUUUUCCGGAUCCGGGCGAGCCGUGGAAACAGUUCGUGGGCCAGGAAGAGGUGUUGACGUGGGAGGAAUAUAUCGGGACGAAGGAGGAUUUGCCGCAGAUGACCGGGUCGUUUGGCGAGGGGGAAUACGCGGUGCAUUUGUUGUGGCCAAAGACGAGGGUGAUCGAGCCGGGAAGGACUACUUUUUAUCUGAAGAGGAAGUGUGAGCAUUGGGUGGAAAGGGAGGGUGAGGGGUAUGUGCCCGUUAUGAUGGGGAGUGGAUGGAUGCCGAUGGAGGAGGAUGUGACUAACGGUGGUUGGAGAGCUGAUGGCCUGGAGGUGAUGCCGGGCGAGAAGGUGAUGAUUGCGCUAGUCAAGACUGUAGGCGGGAGGGAUGCGAGGGGGUUGGGCACACAAGGGUACGUCAACAAGAUGGGGAGAGAGGAGAUGACAUUUGAGGUGCUGGUUCAGUGGGAGGUCGAAGGGUAG